GAUGGUUUUUUUUCCAAAUCCCCAAAUGCAUUUUUUUGUUUGCAUUUUUAGUCCGAUUAUUGCAUUUUGUUUUGGAGUUUGCACUUCCUAGUAUAAUUUUGCAGAAAAUUGAAAAGACAAUAUUUAAAUAGAAUUAAUUUUAUGUAUUCUAUAAGUUAUACAUCAUAACGUGACGAUUCCAUUGUCAAAAAUAUAAAGAAAAGAAAAGAAAAUAUGUUUGUAGCUGAGGGUAACCGUAUUGAUUCAGGUCGCUACACCACGAAUUCAAAUUCCAUAGAAUUCGGCCCAUGGCAUAUUUCGUAUGAUAUAAGUUGUAUAUUACCCAGCGUUUGUUCUACAAAAGUUGUUUGUGAACGAGAUGAUGAUCAGUUCUGUCAAUUUUGUUUAUAUUGUAAAGAAUUAGAUAUACCACAUUUUCCUGACAUGGUGUUUCCUAAAAAUGUACUAAGGUUGGAACACACUAGUGGCGCUGAGAUACAGUUUAAUCCAUUGGAUGCAUUACGCAGAGUGUCCAGUAGAUUAGAGGCUAUAGAAGUGUCUUGUGCUGAAGCCUGGCAGGAGUCUCGGCCUGAUGCAGAGAAACCUAAGAAGCCAUUUGAUUGGACAUUUUCUACAGACUACAAAGGCACACUGUCUAACAACAUAACUGUGGAACCAACCAAUGAGACUAUAGACUUUGAUAUUUUAAAACGUAAAGACCAAAUCCUGUUUUACCAUGAUCUUACUCUCUUUGAAGACGAACUUCAUGAUCAUGGGAUUUCCAAGCUAUCUGUGAAAAUCAGAGUAAUGCCAUCAUACUGGUAUGUGUUACAAAGAUACUUCCUAAGAGUUGAUGAUGUGAUGGUGCGUUCCCACGAGACCAGAAUGUUCCAUAUGCUUAACACAGACUAUAUUCUGCGAGAAUAUUCGACCAAGGAGGCGAAGGCACAGGACAUAAAUAUUCCAACAUCUCAAAUGAAAGAAGCAGACGAUGUGAUACCGUUGUUACCUGUGAAACAAAAAGUAACGGAAAAGCUAACAGUAAAUACACAAACUAAAUAACACGCUAUAUGUGAUCUCAAGUGUAUCUUAUAAGUAAUGUUUAUAAUAGCUUUAUUUAUAAAAGUAUUAAGACAUCGA